AUGCAACAUGAGCUCCCGCAAUCCGCCCCUCAUUAUUCUCACCAGCACUCUUCGUCAGCUGCUGCUAGCGUCCUGCCAUGCGGGCCCUGCUCCAGACACACGCACUAGCAGCAGGAGCGGCUACUUCGCGCCCCCCCCGUGCGCUUGCGUGGCGGCAAUCCACUUUCGGUUUGGAGCCGAGUCUGGCAUUAGGGCAGACAUUACUAGGGUUAGGGAGGGCGUGCUUUCCUCCGGCGUGUUUCCUUCCUAGCAGUCGUUCGGGGUGUCGCCGUGCUCCCUUGGCAGUUCGCGCAGGAUCUUUUCCCGCGUCCACCGCCGCCAUUCCCGCCGGCACUCCCGCCGGCUUUCCCGGCUCUGGAUCCCCCUCCUCCCCGGUCCAGCCUGUGGUGAAUCCCUCAGCUCCAGAAAGCUCGCAAAAUCUUCCAUCCGGCGCUUUCGCGUCCGUAUCUUCCGGCGCAACUUUCGCCGCGUCCACCGCGCAGGCCGUAGCAGUGCCGGCCGUAGCGUCGCCGACUAGCUUCCGAGCGAUGGCGGCAGCGGCCGGGGCGCCGGUUUUCACGCCGUGGAGCUCGCUAUUCGGCGGCGUCUUGAUCGGCGUGGCGGCGACGCUGCACCUGCUGCUGUCGGGGCGCAUCAUGGGCGCGUCGGGAAUCAUCAACGGUGCUAUUUCCGGCGCACCUGAUUGGCCGGUCCGCGUCGCGUUUCUCGCGUCCAUGCUGGCAGUCGGCUGCGCCGCGCAUCUCCUCCUGCCCGCCGCGUUCGGCGCGCCCACCUUCCCCUCGCCCGCCCAGGACCCCGUCUCGUCGCUCCUGCUCCCUGCUGUCGCCGGCGUGCUCGCGGGCUUCGGCUCUCAGUUGGGCAGCGGGUGCACGUCUGGCCACGGUGUGUGCGGCUUGCCUCGCUUUUCAAUCCGCAGCUUUGUGGCCGUCUGCACAUUCAUGACCACGGGCGCCGUUGCCUCCAUCCUCUCCAAUGCGCUGCUGCCACCUGUCGCCUCUGCCGCCCCUGUUGCCCCGCCUGCUAACGCCUGGGUGGUUGCCCUCACAGUGAGUGCGGCCACGCUGCUGCUUCUCCUCGUCAGGGGCAUCGCCGCGUCUCCCGCCCCCCCUUCAGCCACAAAGGACGAGGCGCCCAAGGCAGCAGCGCCAGGAGCAGCGCCUCUACUGCUGCUGCUUGCUUCCGUGCUCUCAGGGGCAGUCUUUGCUGCUGGCCUCACUUUCAGUGGCAUGCUCAACCCAGCCAAGGUGAAAGCCUUUCUGGACCCCAUCCAUGGGUGGGACCCCAGCCUUGCGUUCGUGAUGGGCGGAGCGGUGCUCUUCAAUAUAGUCACAUUCCACUUUGUGCUCAAGCAACGGCAUCCCCUAUUGGCCCCAUCCUUCUCGCUCCCCACUCGGAAAGACAUCACAAAAGAGCUGGUCAUUGGGUCGGCAAUCUUUGGACUGGGGUGGGGGCUGGCUGGUUUUUGCCCAGCUCCGGCCCUUGUUAGUGCUGUCACUGGCAAGGUGCCCAUUAUUGUGUGGCUGGCUUCUGUUGUGGUGGGGAUGAAGGUUUACAAGCAAUUGUAUAGCUGACCUUGGAGAGGAUAGUCAUUGAUAUUUUCAUCAGUAGUUGGCUGGUUACGUAGCUAGGUGUACCUGGUUUGCUUGUAGGUUUCUUAUCGCGAGUAACUGUGGGGUUUGGGCCGAACCAAGGCUUCCCUGACGUCAGCCACAUUGAUUGCCUUGCUUGGUUCAAGCACUCUUCUUGGGGGAUUCUGGCCUCGGCACACCAUCUUUGUUCAUCCGCAUUUUGGUUU